CGUCACUUGGAAAGAUGGCUGCCUCCGUCGGGGCAACGCUGCAUUUGUGAUCCAAUUUCUUUUUUAGACUUUUGAGGAAUAUUCUGUUAAAAAACAUAUUUUUAUUUAUCCGUAUACGUUACCGGAGAGUUGAAGCAGUCGUGGCGGAGAUGAAGACGUUCAGUGGGAGAGCCAACCCGGUCACCGGGUCCUUAGACUGGGUGGAGGAGAGUGAGGAGUACGACUACCACCAGGAGAUAGCCAGGUCCUGUUAUGCAGAUAUGCUACAUGACCAUGAUAGGAAUAAGAAGUACUACCAGGGCAUCCGGGCGGCUGUAGCCAGAGUGAAGGCUCGUGGUGAGAAGGUGAUCGUCCUGGACAUCGGGACAGGAACCGGCCUGCUGUCUAUGAUGGCUCUCACUGCUGGAGCUGACUUCUGCUACGCUGUGGAGGUUUUUAAGCCCAUGGCUGAGGCUGCACAGAGCAUUGUGGAGAAGAACGGCUUCUCUGAAAAGAUCAAGAUUAUUAACAAACACUCCACUGAUGUCACUGUGGGGCCAGAUGGAGAUAUGCAAAUGAAGGCCAAUGUUCUGAUCACAGAGCUGUUUGAUACAGAACUGAUAGGUGAAGGAGCCCUGCCCAGUUAUGAACAUGCUCACCAAAAUCUUGUGCAGGAGGGCUGUGAGGCGGUCCCUCACCGGGCCACCGUCUACGCCCAGCUGGUGGAGUCGGAGCUGCUCUGGAGCUGGGCUCAGCUGCAGCCGGUGGAGGUGGAAGGGGCCCGUCUGGUCCCUCCGCCCGCUGUGGGCCACUGUGCUGGAGCUCAUUCAGUGUGUGACAUCCAGCUGAGCCAGGUGUCUCCUCACAGCUUCACCCCGCUCGGUCCUCUCUGCACCAUGUUCAGUGUGGAUUUCAGUAAGCCAGUAUCCAGUGCGUUCCAGUCCCACUCCUGCCAGUUUGCGGCUCUGUCUGGAGGUCGGGGUCAGGUCGUCCUGUCGUGGUGGGACCUGGACAUGGAUCCCAGUGGAAGCAUCGUGUGCACCAUGGCUCCCAGUUGGACGUACCCACAGCCAAAGACGGCUCCGUGGCGGGACCACUGGAUGCAGAGUGUGUACUUCCUGCCUGUGGAGAGCAGAGUGACAGAAGGAGAGGAGCUGAGUCUGACUGUCUGCCAUGACGACUACAGUCUGUGGUACAGCCUGCAGUCUCACAGCCAGCAGGACCCUCAGACCGCGGCUCCUCCUCUCCGGCCCUGUUGUACCUGCCAGGCUCACCUGGUCUGGACUCGUCCACGUUUCGGUGAACUCAACGACAGACGGCGUACGGAGAGUUACGUCAGCGCACUGCGCAGUGUUCUGAGGGAGGACAGCGUGUGUCUUGGCGUCAGCGAUGGAAGUCUGCUUCCUGUGUUUGCUCACAUGAUCGGAGCCAAAAAGGUCUUUUGUUUGGAAAACUCCAGAAUGUCUAAACAGGUUAUUGAGCAGGUGUUGGAAGCUAACUCCAUGAAAGGAAGUGUUGAGCUGCUGGAGAUCAGGCCGCAGCAGCUGACCAGCAGUGACCUAAGAGGGGAACAGAUCUCCGUCCUGAUGGGUGAACCGUACUUCAGCACCAGCCUCCUACCUUGGCACUCCCUGUACUUCUGGUACUGUCGGACGGCCCUGGCAGGCCUCCUCCGGCCCAACGCCACCAUCCUGCCCUGCACGGCUACACUUCACAUGGUGGCUGUAGAGUUUCAGGAUCUGUGGAGGAUAAGAGCUCCAUGUGGAUCAUGUGAGGGUUUUGAUGUCACAGCCAUGGAUGAAAUGGUCCAGCGAUCUCUGGAUUGGCGUGAGUCCAGCGAGGCGGAGCCCCACCCUCUGUGGGAGUACCCGUGCCGAGCUUUGACCCGCUCCACCGCCGUUAUGACCUUUGACUUCACACAGUGUGUCCCUGAACAGCCAAUCAGCAGUCAGGGCUCACUGCCUCUUAUAAGGACCGGUCGUUGCCAUGGUGUUGCAUUGUGGAUGGAGUAUCACAUAACCGAUGACAUCACUGUCAGUGCGGGUCUGAUUGAACCAAUCAGUGAGCAGGGUGAGUGCGUGUGGAGUCGACACAGGAAACAGGGAGUGUAUUUUUUCAGGCCAGCGUGGGAGAGCUCAGGUGAUGGCAGAGCAGCAGUUUCUUACAGCUUCACCUUUGAACCCAGUUUGGGAGACAUUAAGAUGGACUUCAGCAUUGCCUCUCAGUGAUGUACACAUGUCUGUAAUUGCAAUUACAGAGUCAGUGCUGUGUAGAUUUUUUUUUCAGCGCAUAUAGAAUGUACAGCUGGUGGACAUGUUUGCUGAAUUUGACAAAAAUUGUAUUGGAUAAGAACGACAGACUCCACCGUUGAUGUUAUUGGUACAGCGUGUCUUUGCAGAAAACUACUAACUGUUGUUUGUGGUGCUAUUAUCCUAACAGUUAUGUUGAGUAAUAUAAAUGUACCAUCAGAUUAGCCACAUUCAGUGAAAUAUAGUCAUUGAAAAAGGUUAUUAGACCCUUGUUUUCUUCAAUUCCUUGUUCAUUUUAAUGCCUGGUACAACUAAAGGUACAUUUGUUUGGACAAAUAUGAUAACAACAAAAAUAGCUCAAUAAGAAUUUAAGAGCUGAUAUCUAGCUAUUUUACCAUGGUUUUCUUGAGAAUGAUUAUGACUACAGGGCUAGAUAUCAGCUCUUAAACUCUCAUGAGCUAUUUUGUUUUCACUAUAUUUGUCCAAACAAACAUACCUUUAGCUGUACCAAGCAUUAAAAUUAACAAGAAUGUGAAGAAAACAAGGGUGGUCUAAUAAUUUUUUCCAUGACUGUAUAUGGGAAACAAUUCUCUUUACUUAAUUGUAAUAAAAUAAGAAACAAAAAGCCAUGUCUUACUGCCAAAUUGUUUGCCUUGACAUAAAUAAAACAGCUUUAUUUUGACUGUUUCUAUAGACCUCUUUAUGUUGAAGUUGCAUUAGUGAACAUCAUGUAGGUCUUACUUUAUACUGUAAGCAGUGGUGGAAGAAGUAUUCAGAUCCCUUACGUAAAAGUAUCAGCAUCAAAAUGUACUUAAAUGAUCAAAAGUAAAAGUACUCGUUAUGCAGAAUGGACACACUCAGAUUGUUUUAUAUUCUAAAUAUAUUAUUAAAUUAUUAUUAGUGCAUUUAUGUAAGCAGCAUUUUACUGCUGUCAGUGUAGGGCUCGUUUUAACUAUUUA